AUGGAGAACAUCAAUGGAACAUCUGAGGGAGAUUUUAUAUUGCUUGGAUUUUCAGACCAACCUCAAUUGGAGAUAGUCCUUUUCGUGGUAGUCCUGAUAUCUUAUCUUCUGACACUCCUGGGCAACGCGGCCAUCAUCCUGCUCUCCUAUCUGGACACCAAACUCCACACACCUAUGUACUUCUUUCUCACCAAUCUCUCCUUUCUUGACCUUUGCUUUACAACAAGCAUUGUCCCCCAGCUAUUGUGGAACCUGAAGGGACCAGCCAAGACUAUCACUCCCUCUGGCUGUGUCAUACAACUCUAUGUGUCGCUCUCGCUGGGCUCCACGGAGUGUGUCCUCCUUACUAUCAUGGCCUUUGAUCGCUACGUGGCUGUCUGCAGACCUCUCAAUUACACGGCCGUCAUGCACCCAUCAUUCUGCAAGUCAUUGGCAGGAAUAGCUUGGCUGAGUGGAGUGGGAAACACUCUCAUCCAGAGCACGAUCACCCUUCGUCUUCCCAGAUGUGGACAUCAUCACCUUCACCACUUCUUGUGUGAAAUCCCUGCUAUGAUGAAGUUGGCAUGCGUUGACAUUCAUGCAAAUGAAGUCCAGCUUUUUGUGGCCACAUUAGUUUUGCUCCUUCUUCCUAUGGCAUUGAUCUUGGUCUCCUAUGGACUCAUUGUUCGAGCAGUGGUAAAAAUUAAGUCGGUCCAAGCCUGGCGGAAGGCUUUAGGGACCUGUGGAUCUCAUCUGAUAGUGGUGUCUCUCUUUUUUGGGCCCAGCUCUGCCAUUUACAUCCAACCAAAGCGAUCUUAUGGCCAUAGCCAGGGCAAGUUCCUCACACUGUUUUAUACAGUUGUGACUCCCACCCUCAACCCGCUUAUAUACACUCUGAGGAACAAAGAUGUGAAGGGAGCACUGAGGAGACUGCUGAGGAGAGAACAAAAUGUGUAA